AAUUGGGUUUAACGCAUCACGCUAGUUCAGUCCCUCGCACGCUUUUGGUCUUCUCUUCCGCAGAUCCCCCAAAUACUACCCCCCUCCACCUAAUGACCCUCUAAAACCCUAACCCUCCAUAAACCUAACCCUACUCUAAUUCCUGAGCCAUGUACCUCUACAGCCUCACUCUCCAGCGAGCCACCGGCAUAGUCUGCGCCAUCAACGGAAGCUUCUCCGGCGGCAAGACCCAAGAGAUCGUUGUCGCCCGCGGCAAGCUCCUCGAGCUUCUUCGACCCGACGACAGCGGUAAGAUCCAAACCCUUCUCUCCGUUGAAAUUUUCGGCGUCAUUAGGUCUUUAGCUCAGUUUAGGCUUACUGGGUCUCAGAAAGACUAUAUUGUUGUCGGGUCCGAUUCCGGUCGUAUAGUUAUCCUCGAGUACAACAAGGAGAAGAAUGUUUUCGACAAAAUUCACCAAGAAACUUUCGGGAAAUCUGGCUGUCGUAGAAUAGUUCCAGGCCAGUACUUGGCCACUGAUCCGAAGGGUAGGGCGGUGAUGAUUGGGGCUUGUGAGAAGCAGAAGCUUGUUUAUGUGUUGAAUAGGGAUACGGCAGCGAGGCUGACCAUUUCCUCUCCAUUGGAGGCGCAUAAAUCGCAUACGAUAGUGUAUUCAAUCUGUGGAGUUGAUUGUGGGUUCGAUAACCCAAUAUUUGCUGCCAUAGAGUUGGAUUACUCGGAGGCAGACCAGGAUUCAACUGGGCAGGCAGCAAGUGAGGCCCAGAAGAAUUUGACUUUUUAUGAGCUUGACUUAGGGCUUAACCACGUAUCUAGGAAGUGGUCGGAGCCAGUUGAUAAUGGCGCAAACUUACUUGUUACUGUUCCCGGAGGAGGGGAUGGGCCGAGUGGUGUGUUGGUUUGUGCGGAAAAUUUUGUGAUAUAUAAAAAUCAGGGACACCAGGAUCUUAGGGCUGUGAUUCCUAGACGAGCAGAUCUGCCUGCUGAGCGAGGGGUUCUUAUAGUUUCAGCAGCAGUGCAUAAGCAGAAAGCGAUGUUCUUUUUUCUGUUGCAAACAGAGUAUGGGGAUAUUUUUAAGGUUACUUUGGACCAUGACAAUGACCGUGUUACAGAGUUGAAGAUUAAGUAUUUUGAUACAAUUCCGGUUACUUCCUCCAUGUGUGUUCUGAAGUCAGGGCACUUGUUCGCUGCUUCAGAAUUUGGGAAUCAUGCUUUCUAUCAGUUCCAAGGGAUAGGUGAUGAUGCUGAUGUGGAGUCUUCGUCGGCUACAUUGAUGGAAACAGAAGAAGGUUUCCAGCCAGUGUUUUUCCAGCCUAGACAACUUAAGAACCUUCUCAGGAUUGACCAAGUGGAGAGCCUAAUGCCAAUAAUGGACAUGAAAGUGGUUAAUCUCUUUGAAGAAGAAACACCCCAGAUAUUUACCCUUUGUGGGCGGGGCCCUCGUUCGUCUCUUAGAAUGUUAAGGCCCGGUUUAGCUAUUAGUGAAAUGGCUGUGUCAGAGCUUCCUGGUGUGCCAAGUGCGGUUUGGACUGUGAAAAAGAAUGUUAAUGAUGAGUUUGAUGCAUACAUUGUGGUGUCAUUCUCAAAUGCGACUCUUGUUCUUUCCAUUGGUGAGACAGUUGAAGAAGUUAGUGAUAGUGGGUUUCUUGAUACCACCCCCUCACUUGCUGUUUCUUUGAUUGGUGAUGAUUCUCUCAUGCAAGUUCAUCCCAAUGGCAUUAGGCAUAUUAGGGAGGAUGGGCGUAUCAAUGAGUGGAGGACUCCAGGAAAGAGGACAAUUGCUAAGGUUGGCUCUAACAGACUUCAAGUGGUCAUUGCACUUAGUGGUGGUGAAAUUGUGUAUUUUGAGGUGGAUAUUACUGGCCAAUUGAUUGAAGUGGAUAAGCAUGAAAUGUCAGGUGAUGUGGCUUGUUUGGACAUUGCCCCUGUACCUGAAGGAAGGCAAAGAUCUCGUUUCCUUGCGGUUGGUUCAUAUGACAACACAAUUCGUAUCUUAUCAUUGGACCCUGAAGAUGGUAUGCAGAUUCUGAGUGUGCAAAGUGUUUCUUCGGCUCCAGAAUCUCUCCUUUUUCUUGAAGUCCAGGCAUCAAUAGGUGGGGAGGAUGGUGCUGAUCAUCCCGCCAGCCUUUUUCUUAAUUCUGGUUUACAGAAUGGAGUUCUGUUCAGAACAGUUGUAGAUAUGGUGACUGGUCAGCUUUCUGAUUCCCGGUCUCGUUUCUUGGGACUGAGAGCCCCAAAGCUCUUUUCUAUUAUAGUACGGGGCAAGCGUGCCAUGCUUUGCUUGUCAAGUCGACCUUGGCUUGGUUAUAUUCACCAAGGACAUUUUCUUUUAACACCUUUAUCAUACGAGACUCUUGAAUAUGCAGCAUCAUUUGCCUCUGACCAAUGUGCAGAAGGUGUAGUUGCUGUUGCUGGUGAAGCUUUGAGGGUUUUUACCAUUGAGAGACUGGGAGAAACAUUUAAUGAAACUGUAAUUCCCCUAAGGUACACACCAAGAAAGUUUGUACUUCACCCCAAGCGAAAAUUGCUGGUAAUUAUUGAGAGUGAUCAAGGAGCAUUCACAGCUGAAGAGCGAGAAGCUGCGAAAAAGGAGUGCUUUGAGGCUGUUGGAACUGGUGAAAAUGAAAAUGGUAAUAUGGAGCAGAUGGAGAACGGUGGUGAUGAGGACAAAGAUGAUCCCCUCUCGGAUGAACACUAUGGCUAUCCCAAGGCAGAAUCAGACAGGUGGGUUUCUAGCAUUAGAGUUCUUGACCCAAAGACAGCUACUACAACUUGUCUGCUGGAGCUUCAGGACAAUGAAGCUGCGUUCAGCAUAUGCACAGUGAAUUUCCACGAUAAAGAAUAUGGAACUCUUUUAGCCGUUGGCACGGCAAAGGGACUACAGUUUUGGCCCAAAAGAAGUUUAGCUGCUGGUUUUAUUCACAUUUAUAGGUUUUUAGAGGAUGGAAGGUCACUUGAACUAUUGCACAAGACACAAGUAGAAGGUGUUCCUACUGCUUUGUGCCAGUUUCAAGGACGACUACUUGCAGGUAUUGGAAAUGUUCUCAGAUUAUAUGAUUUGGGCAAAAGAAGAUUGCUUAGAAAAUGUGAGAACAAACUUCCCAACAGUAUUGUCUCCAUUCACACUUAUCGUGAUCGGAUAUAUGUUGGUGACAUUCAAGAGUCAUUCCAUUACUGUAAGUACAGACGUGAUGAGAAUCAACUGUAUGUAUUUGCUGAUGAUAGUGUUCCAAGAUGGCUCACUGCAUCAUACCAUAUAGAUUUUGACACCAUGGCAGGUGCAGACAAGUUUGGGAACAUUUAUUUUGUGCGGUUACCGCAGGAUGUGUCGGAUGAGAUAGAAGAAGAUCCAACUGGUGGGAAAAUAAAAUGGGAGCAGGGGAAGCUGAAUGGAGCUCCCAACAAGGUAGAGGAGAUAGUGCAGUUUCACAUUGGUGAUGUGGUCACCUGCUUGCAGAAGGCAUCUCUAAUUCCAGGUGGGGGAGAGUGCCUCAUAUAUGGCACUGUGAUGGGGAGCUUGGGAGCACUGCUAGCAUUCACCUCUCGCGAUGAUGUUGACUUCUUUUCUCACUUGGAGAUGUAUAUGAGGCAGGAACAUCCGCCUUUGUGUGGAAGAGAUCACAUGGCUUAUAGAUCUGCUUAUUUUCCUGUUAAGGAUGUGAUCGAUGGGGAUCUAUGUGAGCAGUUCCCAACUCUGCCUCUGGAUUUGCAAAGGAAAAUUGCUGAUGAAUUAGAUAGAACUCCUGGGGAGAUACUGAAGAAACUUGAAGAAGUUCGAAAUAAGAUCAUUUGAGGAAAAAUCAACUUAAAGGUGAGGGGAUAUCAGUGGUUAGUGCUCUAUGUGGGGCACCCUGCUGUCUGUUCUUGCACUGAUGAGAGCAUGCGCGGCGCAAAAGAAAUAUCCUUUCUGACUCUAGAUGAGACGGUGGCCCAGGCAUUAAUGUUGGGACAAGCUAGUGGGAAAAGUUGGGAUAAUUGGAAAAAGAAGUACGCAAUACCCAUAUUCCCAGACUGCAUUUUUUUGUUGUAAUUAAUUUGACCUUGAUGUAAUCUCUUCAUGGAAUUAAUUAUGUUUAUUGACUGCUC